UGGCCUUCCCGUGACGUCAUUACGCGCAUGACGAUUCCUCGCUUCUUCGGGCAGGCAGGGCUUACUGUGACAGCUCGACGCCCCAUGAUGGUGUACAUGUCGCGCGUGAUGAAACGUGGUUUCAUAUUUUCCGGCCAGCUCGUCAGGCGGUAUUGUGCUGGUGAAGUGGCGGGCUUUUCCUUCAGAUACUACGGCACCAGGACGGCUCCGCAAACGACGGGCAUGGAGUACCAGGAUGCAGUGUGCACCCUCAACACCUUACAGACCAAUGCCAGUGCACUGGAGCAGGUACGGAGGGAGCGCGGCCACCCUCAGCUGCAGCUCCAGGCCAUGCAGGGCUUCUUGGAGAGAGCUGGUCUCACUGUGGAGGAAUUAGAUCAUCUUAAUAUUAUUCAUGUGACUGGAACUAAGGGCAAGGGGUCAACGUGUGCCUUCACUGAGCAGAUUCUCAGGGGUUAUGGAUUCCGCACAGGAUUUUACAGUUCUCCACACUUGGUUCAAGUAAGAGAGAGGAUCAGAAUAAAUGGGCAGCCCAUUGGAAAAGAUCUCUUCACUAAAUACUUCUGGCAAGUUUAUGGGAAGCUGGAUGAAACCAAAGACGCACAUGGAGGAGCAAUGCCAGCCUACUUCCGUUUUCUUACCAUCCUGGCUUUCCAUGUGUUUCUCCAAGAAAAGGUGGAUGUAGCUAUAAUCGAAGUAGGAAUUGGUGGAGCCUACGACUGUACUAAUAUUAUAAGGAGACCCUGGGUUUGUGGCAUCUCCUCUCUGGGUAUAGACCAUACACAGAUUCUUGGAGACACGAUCGAAAAGAUUGCGUGGCAGAAAGGAGGCAUUUUUAAGCUGGAUGUUCCUGCAUACACUGUCAAACAACAAGAAAACGCUCUGGCUGUACUCAAAGAAAGAGCCAAGGAGAUAAAAUGCCCGCUGUGGUUGUGUCCAGAACUGCAGGACUAUAAGACAGAGGGUGAACCUUUACACCUGGGACUGGCCGGUGCUCACCAGUGCUCCAACGCCUCGCUGGCUCUCCAGCUGAGUCACAGCUGGCUGCAGAGGAGAUGUUCAUCAGCUACCACUGGUUCUUCAUCCAUCACUGGUGAGAACACCCCUGGUACGCAGCAGGCUGCAACCAUCAAGCUCAGCCCUGUCAUGGUCAAAGAUACGGCAGAUACAGACUGGCCUGGCAGGACCCAGACCCUCAAACACGGAGCAGUCACCUACUUCCUGGAUGGGGCCCACACGAUGCGCAGCAUGCAGGCCUGUGUCGAGUGGUUUAAAGAGACCGCAGCACAGCAUGAGAGUAAAGCAAAUGGACCUGUCGCCAGAGUUUUGCUUUUCAACGCCACAGGAGAGAGAGAUUCAGCAGCCAUGCUCAAACUACUGGUGCCUUGUCAUUUUGACUUUGCCGUCUUCUGUCCAAACAUUGCUGAAGCUGUCACGUCAGGUACUGCAGACCAGCAGAACUUUAACGUGUCAGUGGAGAACAUGCUGACCCGUUGUCUGGACAAUGAGAGGAGUUGGUGUCUCCACCACAGCAAGGACGACCUGCAGCUGCUCAUAGAAGACUCUCUGUCCCUGGUCCCACAGAAGAAAGCCGACACGCUGGUGUUCCCCUGCAUUCUUAGUGCCCUGCAGUGGAUCAGCCAGGGCAGGGACUCGGUUCUGGCCAGCUCGGACAAAAGAGUCUUAAAAGUGAAACCCAGCAUCAUGGUCAAAGCCGCUCCGCUGCGCUCUGCAACCGAGAUCCACGUCCUGAUCACAGGAAGUCUCCACCUGGUGGGAGGGGCGCUCAGACACCUGGACCCCGUCUUCUCUGAGUAGCUUCUCCAGUGGAUUCUGAAGGCUGGAAAAAUAAAUGGCUGCUCCUCAUCCUGGCCUGUAGAGGUCACAGUCGGACAGAGACGGCAGGUGUUUACUUGAAAAGCUGAACUCGGCCGUUUUUCUUGUCAUUCUCUUCGACAGUAGACGCUGCUCAGAGGUAGUUGAUGUGGACUAGAGCUGUCACUGUUUAAAUAACCUUUUUUUUUGUGGUCAACCAUGUAUUUGAACCUGUUCUUCUGCCGCACGCACUACUACACAAACUAAUUCCUCACAUUUGGGUAUUGUAAUUUUGUUAUUGAAGGCUUUCCUUGCAGGCCUGUGGCAAAGUGUCUGCUAAACCGUAGGUGCUGAUGUGAGUGUGACGCCACGUGAUAUAGAGCAGUUUAAAUGUCCCUGUCACUGUGAGCCUCAAACUGAAGGUUCUUCUGGGCCACAUGUCCAGAUCACAGGUUCUCCUCAGGAUCAACACAGAGACAAAUGACUGUUCACACUGUCAUUCACACCAUCAAUCAGUGACUUUCGCUGGACAAUGGGGGGAAGAAGAAAAACGAACCUUAAAACUCCACACAGUGACACAGUCCCUUUAACCAGGACCAACUGUGACCCACUGUCACUGUGUGGCUCUUUAUAGACUGCAUCUGUCAGACCACAUAUCUCAUCGUCUGCUGUGCUCAACCCAAAAUAGUGUUCAGGAGGGCUGUAACCGUGCACACAGUAAACUCCCAUCAUCCUCUGCCCUCACAGACCUGAUAACAUUAAUAAUCACACCUGUCCAGAGCACAGUCUGCUGUAGGCGGUGCCUCACUUGGUGUUUGAUUAAACAGUGACAGCUCCAGUGUGGACCAGGGCACCUACAGCUAACCCCCGUCCCACCCCCCGUGCCCCACCUCACAGUUGGCACACUGAUGUGUGCAGCUCAUGUCUCACACAAGGCCUUGUGUGUUGAGAUCAGUCACAGCCAUUCAUGGAAACGAGGGAAGGACAUAGUUGCAGUUAAUUGAAAAUCUUGAGUCUUAAUUUACUCGGACUUUUGUGCAUAUGUUUACAUUGUCAGCUGUGACCUCACAGCUGAAGGUUUUUGUUUGUUUUGUUUUUCUUAUCCAACCACACAGCAGUGUGGGACCACGGCUAGGUUAGAGGUGGUCUCUGUGUGGGAAGCCAACACUAACAGAUUAUCAUCUGCCAGCUGUUCUUUAUAUCACAGCCACAUACAGUAACACUAGUGAGACACACUGGUGCUAUACAGUGUUUGAAGUGAUGAGUGGUCAGAUCAGUGCCAGUAAUACCUCACACUAUCACUUGGACUUGAAAAUAAAAUUAAAAAAAAAAAAUAUUUAUGUGGCUUCUGGUACACUGUGAUAGGACACUGUGAUGUCUGUCUGUGGGCUGUAAACAGUACCUGGUACAUGUGGUUUGUAGUGUGACAUCAGUGACUGGGUGGAAUAAUGGAUUAUUAUGUGAUUAAUGCUGGAGUGAGUCCAGCAUUUAUGUUCAAAAUCCUUUGGACUGACAGAAGUUUUUUUUCUUCUAAUUGCGUACAGUACAUGGUAGUGAUGCAGUCAUCGCUGACUCAGCUGUUUUUGUUUUCUGGGCCUGUACAUAGAGAGACCUGGUCAGAUGGACUGGCUGUGAUUGACAUGUCUCUGAUCUACUGCUUUGUUCGCAGACCUGUCUGUGAUUGGUUCAUAACUAUUGAAGUGUUACUUUAAACAAUCACAGGAGUGAAAGUAAUGCAGGAAAUAAUUUUGCAGUUACAGCAACGAGGUGACUGGAUUGUUCUGUGUGACAGAAUACAUUGGAUAUGAGAAGACUACUCUAGUAGUCAAAUUGAUAGUCAUGUUUUAGGGGAUUUUUGUAACUUGUACAAAUUAUAUAAAAUUAACGGAAAAAUACUUCACGGACAUUCAGAAUAAACAAACAGCUUGUCUUAAAGUACUAUAUUUUAUUAAAGUUUUUCUAAAACCAUUGCUUGGCACUUGAGUACUCAGACUUUGUUGUUUCUAUAAAUUGUGUAUCCUGAGCUCUGAUUGGACGGACACACCUGUCUGUCAACACCCGUCAUGCUCUUAAUGUUGCAAUUAAAAGCAAGUGACGAGUGCAUUAAUAAUAAAAAAAUGGGGGAAAAAAGUCUUUAUUUAUGAAAGAACAACAAAGCUGGUACUCCAGAAAACUUCCAUCAAAGAAUCUUUUUUUCCUAGAAUGCUGGAGGAUGUUCUGCUUCUUUACCAAGAAAUCAAGUUUUUGUUAAAUGUUUGUCCAGUUUUGGGAAAAGCAAAGGGUUUUUUAUUGAUUUAUAAUCUUUGUUAAUGCAAAAAUGGCAUAAACUUUCACAUUUUUGUUAAAAAUUUAGUUUAACAGACUGGUCAAACAAAAUGUAACAGCUUAAAACUGGACAUUUAAUGAUAAAACUGGUCAAAGCAGAUGUUUUAGUUAAAUUAAAAUCAGACACCAUUAGAAAUCUUUAAUGUCUGACUUGGAACUUUUUGACUAACUCUCGUCAUGUUAAACAGCCUUAAAAACAGUUAUUCCUUUUUUUUAAAAUGAUACUUAUUAAAAAUAACGCCAUCAAAUGGUGCCAUGUUCCUCAUUACAUUUUUAACUGUUGACUUUGUUAGUUUAAACAGAUAUAAACACUUGACCUGUUGUGUAACAUCAGAUAUGGUUGUUUCCACUGGGAUUUUGAACAGAUGUUUUACCUGUGAUUGAAUGUUAUCCAUACAAUAUUCAUUAUAGUAAAAAAAAAUCCACAUUGUCUCAAAAUUCUAAUGGACCUGAAACCUUGAAUUUCACAAAAUAAUAUUAAAAAAAAUGAUUUUCUUCUUAUUCUUUGAUGAAACUACACUAAUGAUAUUAAAGAUGGAGAAAUGAUUGAAAAUAUUGUCAUUAACAAAGGGUUAAAUACAUACUUUGUUUACUUUUAACCUAUUUGCCUUUGUAAAGGAAAAAAACAACCUUUUUUUAAAUGUUAUUACUUGAAUAUAAUUAAAGUCAAAUAAUAAAACA